AUGGACCAAGAGAAGACAGAAGUUCAACCGUCACACGACGACCGGGCAUCUGCGGAUACUAUUCUCGAGCCCAUUGGCACCAAAGGAUCGUUCGGUGAACCUGAUGCAAACCAAGUCGAUAUUGAUGCUGCCGUUAAUGAAUACGAAGAUCUGAAGCGUGAACUCUCCCGGGUCAGCCGUAAAUCGACGCAUGCAAGCAAGGUCGAAGAAGGUGCCGUUGCUUCAGAAGAGUUCAACCUUGAUGAAUUUUUAAACGGAAUGCAGAAUGAUGCUGCACAAGUUGGGCACAAGCCGAAGCAUUUAGGUGUUAUUUUUAAGGACUUGACCGUCAAGGGCCUUGGUGCUGGCGCUCACGUUGUUCCCACUGUGGCAAGUGGUCUUUUAGCCGCUGUACAGUUCUGGAAAUUUUUUGGCAUCGGAACCAACACCACCAAGAAGACUAUCCUGCGGGGUAUCAGUGGCUUUUGCAAAGACGGUGAAAUGUUAUUGGUCCUUGGCCGUCCAGGCGCUGGCUGUACUAGUUUGCUCAAGGUUUUAGCCAAUGUGCGCGGAUCCUAUACUGAUAUCGAUGGUGAAGUCAGCUAUGGCGGCAUCGAUCCCAGAACAUUUUCCAAAUUUUAUCGUGGUCAAGUCAUCUACAACGAAGAAGAAGAUCAGCAUUACCCCACGCUCUCUACACGCCAGACCUUGCAGUUUGCUUUACGCUGUAAAACUCCUGGUGCUCGUCUUCCGGAUGAAACCAAGAAUGAUUUCGUUGAGAAGAUCAUCUACCUCCUUGGUAACAUGCUGGGUCUCACCAAGCAAAUGAACACCAUGGUCGGUAACGCUUUCGUCCGUGGUCUUUCUGGUGGUGAACGCAAGCGUCUAUCUAUUGCCGAAGUUAUGACCACCCAAAGCUCGAUCAACUGCUGGGAUUGUUCUACCCGUGGUCUUGAUGCUGCAUCUGCCCUUGAUUACGUUCGUUCCCUCCGUAUCAUGACCGAUGUAUUCAAGAAGACGACUGUUUCCACGUUAUACCAAGCAUCCAACAGCAUUUUUAGCUUGUUCGACAAGGUCAUGCUGCUCGACGACGGUUACUGCAUCUACUUUGGUCCUGUCACAGAAGCAAAGGCUUACUUUGAAGAUCUCGGAUUUUACUGCCCCCCUCGUAAAUCGAUUCCUGAUUUCCUAACUGGUCUCUGCAACCCUUUGGAACGAGAGAUCAAGCCCGGUUUUGAGAAAACAGCCCCACAGCAUGCAUCUGAUUUCCAGGCUAUUUACUAUCAGUCUGAAAUCCACCAACGUAUGAUGGCUGAACUGCAAGCCUUCGAGCAACAAGUCGCUCAAGAAAAGCCUGGUGACCUUUUCAAGGAGGCUGUCAAUGAAGAACAUCAAAAGCGUGCCCUCAAGAGUGCACCUUACACCGCGUCCUUCUGGCAGCAAGUCAUCGCACUUACCAUCCGUCAAUAUCAUCUUCUGAUUAAGGAUUACCCUGCUCUUAUCUCUCGUUACGGUACCAUUCUUAUUCAAGGUCUCAUCACUGCAUCGUGUUUCUUCAAUAUUCCGUUGACCGGUAUCGGUGCAUUCUCUCGUGGUGGUGCCUUGUUCUUUGCUUUGCUGUUCAACUCUUUCAUCUCGCAAACCGAAUUGGUCAACUUCUUGAUGGGUCGACCUGUGUUAUCCAAGCAAAAGCACUUUGCCAUGUUCCAACCUUCAGCUUUCUACAUUGCACAAGUGAUUUUAGAUGUUCCCUAUGCUGUUGUCCAAGUUUUGCUCUUUGAAAUUUGCUCAUACUUCAUGAUGGGUCUUAACCUUGAUGCUGGACGAUUCUUUACCUUUUUCAUCACCCUAUUCUUCAUCAACAUGAUGAUGAAUGGUUUGUUCCGAUUCUUUGGUGCUAUUACAUCCAGUUUCUUCCUCGCUACCCAAAUCUCUGGCGUUAUUCUCAUUUCUUUGGUUACAUACACCGGUUAUGUGAUUCCCUACAACUCUAUGCACCCAUGGCUUUUCUGGAUUUACUGGAUUAACCCUCUCGCAUAUGGCUACAAGGCUCUCCUGAUCAACGAAAUGCAGGGUCAAGUUUACUCUUGCGAUGGUAUCGGCAACGCUGUACCCUAUGGUCCUGGCUAUGACGAUUGGGCUCAUAUGGUGUGCACCAUGAAGGGUGGUACUCCUGGCGAGAACUUUGUCCGUGGUGAUGACUACUUGCGCUCUGCUUUGAGCUAUGAACCCAACCACUUAUGGGCUCCUGACUUUGUCGCUGUCGUCGGUUUCUUCUUGUUAUUCACUUUUGGCACUGCCGCCGCCAUGGAAUGGAUCAACACUGAUAAGGGUGGUGCUCUUACCAAGCUUUACUUGCCUGGCAAAGCUCCAAAAGCUCGUACGGACGAAGAAGAAGACGAGCGUCGUCGCAAGCAAACUGAUAUCACCAACAACAUGGGAGGUAUUGCUACCGGUACUACCUUCUCGUGGCAUCAUAUCCACUACGAAGUUCCAUUCAAGGGUGGACCAUUGCAUUUGCUAAACGAUAUUUCCGGUAUCGUCAAGCCUGGUCAUUUAACUGCUCUCAUGGGUUCUUCUGGUGCUGGUAAAACAACUCUUCUCGAUGUUUUGGCCAAGCGAAAGACCAUUGGCAAGGUUGACGGUCGUGUAUAUCUCAACAACGAAGCGCUGAUGUCUGAUUUUGAGCGUAUCACUGGUUACUGUGAGCAAAUGGAUAUUCACCAGCCGGCAGUCACUGUUCGCGAAGGCAUGCAAUUCUCUGCUUAUCUGCGUCAAGAUGCCGAUGUUCCCAAGGAAGAAAAGGAUGCCUAUGUCGAGCAGAUCAUUACCCUGUUGGAAAUGGAAGAUAUUGCUGAUUGCCAGAUCGGUGAAGUCGACCACGGUGUCGGUAUCUCGGUUGAAGAACGCAAGCGUCUCACGAUUGGUAUGGAACUUGUCGCUAAGCCUAAGCUGCUUUUCUUGGACGAACCUACUUCAGGUUUGGACGCCCAAAGCUCUUACAACAUUGUCCGUUUCAUCCGCAAGUUGGCCGAUGCCGGUUGGCCCGUCUUGUGUACCAUCCAUCAACCCUCUGCCAUUCUGUUCGAACACUUUGAUCACUUGUUGCUUUUGGUCCGUGGUGGUCGCACUGCUUACUAUGGUGAAAUUGGCGAGGAUGCCCGUACCAUGAUUGACUACUUUGAAUCCAACGGUGGCCCUACCUGCUCUUCCGAUGCCAACCCUGCCGAAUACAUUCUGGAAGUUGUCGGUGCUGGUACUGCUGGCAAGGCUACACGCGACUGGGCUGAUAUUUGGGCCAACUCUGCACAGGCACAAGCUCUCGAAGAAGAAUUGGAAGGAAUCCAUCAGCACGCUGAAAAGAACCCUACUCGUGAAUCGCUCACCUAUGCAACUGGCUUUUCGUUCCAAUUUUGGCUUGUACUAAAGCGGAUGACACUUGCUUACUGGCGCUCGCCUGAUUACAACAUUGGCCGUUUUAUUACUCUGAUGUUUACUGCCUUGAUCAACGGUUUUACCUAUUGGAAGAUGUCUUACACCACCUCCGAUAUGCAGAACCGUCUUUUUGUUUUGCUUUCUACCUUCAUUAUGGCAAACAUUUUGAUUAUCCUUGCACAACCCAAGUUCAUGACUGAAAGACUCUAUUUCAGACGCGAAUACGCGUCACGUUUCUAUGGCUGGAUGCCUUUCGCAUUCUCUGCUAUCUUGGUUGAAAUCCCCUACAUCCUGUUCCUGUGUGCCUUCUUCAUGUGCGGUUUCUACUGGACGGCUGGUUUGGUCAACACUCCAGAAGCCUGCGGCUACUUUUAUCUUAUCCUUGUCUUCUUUGUUUUCUGGGCUGUCACUCUCGGUUUCGUCAUUGCUGGUGCUGCCGAAAAUCCACUCAUGGCUUCUGUUAUCAAUCCUGUCAUCAUCUCUAUGUUAAUUCUGUUCGCCGGUUUGAUGCAAACACCUGACUCGAUGCCGAAGUUCUGGAGCUCAUGGAUGUACUGGGUGGACCCAUUCCAUUAUUAUAUCGAAGGUCUGGCGGUCAACGAACUGGAGGACCUUCUGGUUAUCUGUAACGACGCCGACUUUGUCAACUUCACGCCUCCCGCUGGCCAGACAUGCGGAGAAUAUACUGCCAACUUCUUUUCAAUGGGUGCUACUGGUUACAUCGAUGACAGCAACGCUACCGAUGUAUGCAAAUACUGCUCGUACAGUUCGGGCAAGGAGUAUUAUACGACCAUGUAUGACUGGGAUGCUGGUAACAAAUGGCGGAAUUUGGGAAUUUUGAUCUGCUACUUUGCCUUCAAUGUUCUUGUCUUUUUGGGUCUUUGCUUCUUGAAAAGAAAGGGAAGACGAUAA